CUAUGGUUUUACGUCACUACGCGUGACGUCAUCAUGCACAAUGGUACACUUUUAUAUUUACAUCAUGAUUUGUAUCAUAUCGCAGAUGAUACUAAAGUAGUGUGAUAGUGUGAUUCUGUGAUUCUAUGAUUUUCUGUGAUACUGUGAUUCUUAUUGCUUAGUAUCUCAGUAUCGUCGAAUCUCUGCAAUGCGAUCUCUGUUUCGUCUUUUCUUCUUCGUUAAUGACAGAUUUGUAUUACGAGUGAUAGCCGCAUGAUAUUAAAUCGAUAUAAACUUUCAGUGUGUGUCACAUAUAUUAAACAAUUAUCAUUUUAAAGAAAUUAUUACUGACAUUCUGGAAAAGUAACAGAAGUAUAUGUAUGAUCUUUGAAAUAUGGAUUUUGAAGGUGAAGCACAUGGCGAAAAAUUUGAGGUAAAUUUUUCUGGCAUGGAUGACUCCGAGAGUGAUAAAUCUAGAAAGACACAAUCAAGUUCUUUAGAAGUUGUAAGCAUCUCAGCAGAUGUAAAUAGUUCUACUGAUACAUUUGAGAGCAAAAUAAAAGAUGCUAGCCAUGCAAUAAAACUUGAUAACAACUUUGUUUGCGAAACUAUGCAAAGCGAACAUGUGCACGAAUCUGUGGAACUUUCUAUAGGAGGUGAUGUUAAAAUUACAACUGAUAAAUGUGACAAAACUAAUGAUACAUUAAAUAUUUUUUGUAAAACUAUUAAUUUGGUUGAUGCAUCAGAAGCAACUACUUCACAAGAAAAUAGUUCAUCUUCUUUUCAUAUUGAUGUAUCAAACGUAUUACAUACAGAUCAGAUUAAAGCUAAAAGAGGUAUUUCAAAAGGUCAAGUACAUGCCAACAGUAAUGCAUCAAUAGAAAAAUCGGACGAUAGUUCAGACGAAGAUUCGAGUAAACGUCAGAAGUUAAAUAAAAGUGUAGACAAUAUUGAUGCUGAAAAUGUAAGCGAUGAUACAGUAACAUUUCAAAAAACCAAAUCAAAAGUAAAACAACGAAAUUAUCGUAAGAGACAAAAUAUAACAAGUGAUAAUGAAGACAGCUCUGGAAAUACCUCGUCAAGCGAGGCAGCAAGAGAAAAUUUUGAGCUUUAUACAGACGAAGAAGAAGAAUAUGAAGAAGAGCUACCUCGUUGCCAAAAAAACGAGAUACCAUCAAUUGGCAUCCAACCCAAUUGGCACAUAGUACCGGAAGUUAUAAAUCGCCAAAUAGGUAGCAAUCUGUUGUUCCAAAGAAGAUUUUACGGUUCUUUACAUGCGGUAGAACGACUCGAACUUAUGUAUAAUCUUAAUGAACAUCAGGGUUGCGUAAAUGCCUUAAAUUUCAAUGAAAAGGGAAAUUUAUUAGCGAGUGCCUCUGACGAUUUAACAGUUGUUAUAUGGGAUUGGGCUGUAGGAAAAAAGCGUCAUUCGUUUAUGAGUGGACACACGAGAAAUAUGUUUCAAGCCAAGUGGUUACCAUUGGACAUGGAGUAUCUUAUGGUCACUUGUGCUGAAGAUGGUCAAGUACGUUUAUUGGAUCUUGAACAUAAUACAUCAAAGAGAUUGGCGGCGCAUCGUGCCGCAUCACACAAAUUAGCUGUGCAUCCUGAAACGCCUCAUAUAAUCUUUUCUGCUGGGGAAGAUGCAAGAGUAUUUUCCAUAGAUAUCCGAGAAAGGAAACCAAGCAGAUUACUAUAUGUAAAAGAGGAUUCAUCUAGAAUAGUUCAAUUAUAUAGUAUACAUUGUAAUCCUUUUAAUAGCAAUGAAUUUUGCAUCGGCGGCCGUUCUCAGUAUGUAAGAGUGUAUGAUCGACGAAAAGUUUCGACGCCGCUCUAUAAAUUAUGCCCCAAUCAUCUGACAGAGAAUAAACAAAACGCGCAUGUAACAUGCGCUGUAUAUAAUCACGAUGGAACUGAGAUUCUUGCAUCAUAUAAUGAUGAAGUCAUAUAUCUAUUUAAUAGAUUAUUGUCAUUUGAAGAUUACACUAAUAGAUAUGUAGGCCAUAGGAAUAGGGCAACUGUAAAAGGUGUCAAUUUCUUUGGACCCAAAAGUGAAUAUGUUAUAUCUGGGUCUGAUUGCGGUAAUAUAUUCAUUUGGGAGAAAACUACAUCAGCGGUUGUACAAUGGAUGGCAGGGGAUAAACAAGGAGUUGUAAAUUGUUUAGAAGGACAUCCGCAUAUUCCUGUUCUUGCAACAAGUGGAUUGGAUUAUGAUGUCAAAAUAUGGGUGCCUUCAGGCAGAGAAGCUCCAAUGAUGAAAUCGUUAGUGAAUUGUGCCAAAUCCAAUGCGAGAAAUAGAAAGCAAGAAAACACGCCUGAUGGACCGGAUGGGCAAUGGCAUUGGGUUUUGGGUGUAUUGAGAUAUGCCCGUAUUAGAGAAAGAAUGCGUCAACUUUAUCCGCGUCAAUAUGAAUUUGAUGAUCCAAUUGGAGAUGACGAUGAUGAUGACGACGACGACGACGAUUACCAUUUUGAUGAUUCUUCUAAUGACAACUUAUCUGACAAUACUGAUAGUCAAUCAGAAAGUGGAGAUGUUGGAAGAACACAAUGUCCUCAAUCUUAGAAAUACUGCUUAAUUAAUACAAUUAGAAUGGAAGUUAUAUAGCGUUCAAAGUAUUCAUUAACCAUUUCCCAAUUACAAUAAAUUUUAUCAGGAUUGUGUCAAUAGCGUUAUAUAGCAGAGUGUAUAAAAAGAACAAUAUUGCAGUGUACCAAAAAAUUUCCAUACUCUAUAAAUCAUUAAUCUUUUCUAUCAGCUCUCGAAAUAGUUAGUAGUUUAAACAGCAUACUUCGGCAAUUUACGAUUAUAUUGUAAUUUUUGAAUAUACAUCAAAAGGAUAUAUAAAGACAAUUUGAUAGAAUGUAUGUACAAUAUUAAGAUAACAGAAAAAGAAAGAAAAAUGUAAAUUUUAUGAUAGUUGUGCGAAACACAAUUAUAAAACCAUAUGCAUAAAUUUACAAAUAUCUUGUUAUAAUUAACAUUAUAUACACAUAUAUAUAUCUAUUAUAUAGGAUUAUUUUUUUUAAUUUUAUUUAUGUAAAAAUAUAUUUAAUAUUCGAUGUGUUAAUUAUGUUUCAAGAAGUACAUGUAGUUUUAUAAUGUAAAAAAAUAAUUCUCCCUCUCCCUCGAGUUUUUUUUGUAUGUCUUGUAUAAGAAUAAUUAAAAAAUAAUACACUAU